AUGUCCAACUACAGAAGCACAGAGUCAUCCAUCAAGAACCUGGAGAUCCAAGUGGGACAAUUAGCCAAGCAAACGGCUGAAAGACCCACUAGCAUCUUUGGAGCUAACACAGAGAAGAACCCGAAGGAGGAAUGCAAGGUAGUGUUGACUAGAAGCCAGAGGAAAGCACAAGGAGAGAAAGAGAAAAUUGAAGGAGACCAGAAAGAAGAGCCACCAACCCCUCUAAAGGAACCCCCAUAUCCUUUAGUGCCAUCAAAGAAGAAUAAGGAGUGUUACUUCAAGCGUUUAUUUGAGACAUUCAAAGGGUUGGAGAUAACCAUGCCAUUUGGAGAAGCCUUGCAGCAGAUGCCACUCUACACCAAAUUCAUGAAGGACAUCCUCACCAAGAAGGGGAAGUACAUUGACAAUGAGAGCAUUAUGGUGGGAGGCAACUGCAGUGCGGUGAUACAGAGGAAGCUGCCCAAGAAAUUUAAAGACCCCGGGAGCGUGACAAUCCCUUGCACGAUAGGGAAUAAGUCAGUAGGGAAGACUCUCAUUCACUUAAGGGCAAGCAUCAACUUGAUGCCUCUGUCAAUGUGUAGAAGAAUUGUAAACCUGAAGAUAGACCCUACCAAGAUGACGCUCCAGCUCGCAGAUCGAUCAAUCACAAGACCGUACAGGGUAGUAGAAGAUGUCCUCGUCAAAGUCCGCCACUUUACUUUCCUGGUGGAUUUUGUCAUCAUGGACAUAGAAGAAGAUGCGGAGAUUCCUCUUAUCUUAGACAGACCCUUCAUGCUGAUUGCCAACUGUGUAGUAGAUAUAAGGAAUGGCAAUCUAGAAAUAAGCGUCGACGACCAAAAGGUAACCUUCAACCUUUUCAAAGCAAUUAAAUACCCAGAGGAAGAUAGUAGAUCCUUCAAGGUGGAGGAGAUUGAUAAAGAAGACGUUGGUGCUCUUCAAACCACGCAGACUUCACUGGAGAAAGCUUUGAUCAAUGUUGUGGAUUGUCUAACCAAUGAAGAGGAGAAGGAUCUAAGGGCUUGCUUGGAAGACUUAGAUCAUGAAGAAAACAUUCUUGUAGGGGGGGCCAUUUUUGAAGAAUUAAAAAAUGGGAGUCCAUCUGAGAAGACCAAGGCAAAGCUGAAGAUCUUACCCAACCACCUAAAGUAUGCGUUCUUGGAAUAG